AUGCACUCCAGCGGCAAACAGUUGGACCUGAAUCCUUCCGCCGUCCUGCUCCUGUUCGUCCUUGUUGGGAGUGCUGGUGGAUAUGGGGAUGCCACAUCAACAUCGGCCUUAAGCCUCAGCCGGUCGAAACGCUUGGCCAUUUUCAAUGGCUCGGGCACAAACAAGAUUGUCGUCGGCUUGGCCUUCCCCAUCAAACAGGCGGAUACACUGCAGUCAGUUUGGGGAUUCAUCAACUACCAGGCCCAAUACGUGCCAUCGCCUGUUCCAAUUUACUGGUGGAGUUUCUGGAACACCUCGACAUUCGUUACCACGGCCAGGGAGUGGCGAAAGCAGGUCCAGAGUAGGAUUUUCCAGGACGAGACUCGAAUUUGGCUGUACGAUGUCGUGGAAACGGGCCUGGAGCGGUUCGGAGAUCGGAAUGCAGGCGCCUGUCUGCUCAAAAGUAUCUGUGAGAUAUCUCAACGCCCCUUUAUGCAUGGCAGUAUUUUUGGGGAGAUACUCAAUGCAGUGUUGGUGCCAUCUUUGGACAAUGUUCCUGAAAAGUAUCUGGUGCUAGGAAUGCCGGAAAAGCUGGUGCCAAUUGUUGGAAAACUUAUAGUGAUUGCAGCAAGAAGAUCUGGAACAAACUUAUUCGUAUGGCAAAGAUAA